GAAGGUUUCUUUCAAAAUUCUCUCCGGUUAGGUUUCUUCUCCGGCUAAAUCAUGUUUCGUCGUUUAAUUCUCCGGCAAGCAGCCGCCGUCGCCGCGGAAUCGAAGAUUGCUUGUCAUCAUACUGUUCAUGGAUUCGAACAGCGAAGAGGAUUACACAGUAGGAAUGAGAAGGCAAUGGAGUAUGUAGCCAAAGGAUGGAGCGCGAUUAAAGAAGUAGAGAGAGUUAUCGAUUACUGUGAACUCAAUGAUCGUCGUCUUAUUCCUCUCCUCAGGGGAGCUAAAGAGAACUUUGAACUUGCUCUGGAAGCUGAUAAUUUGAACACUCAUGCUAGGUAUUGGCUUUCCAAGUUGCACCUGAAGUACCAUGUUCCUGGAGCUUGUAAAGCUGUGGGAGCUGCUUUGCUUGUCGAAGCUGCAGACAUGGGUAAUGCAGAUGCUCAAUAUGAGCUAGGGUGUCGUUUAAGAGUCGAGAAUGAUCAUGUCCAGUCGGAUCAACAGGCGUUUCACUAUAUAGAGAAUGCUGUUGAUCAGCUACAUCCAGGUGCCCUCUAUCUUUUAGGAAUAGUGUAUCUGACAGGAGACUGUGUGAAGCAAGAUGUGGAUUCAGCUAUAUGGUGUUUCCAUAGGGCUUCAGAGAAGGGACAUGCUGGUGCUGCUAUAGCAUAUGGAUCUCUUUUACUUAGAGGUGUGCAAGUCCCAGAAUCUCUAACAAAAUUGAACGUCGUGGGAGUUUCACCUCCCAAGAGAGCAAGAAAGAACCUGGAAAAUCCGGAGAUGAAUCCAUUAGAGAUGGCAAAAGAACAGUUCCAAAUCGCUGCAAGAGCAGGGUGCGAUCUAGGGCUGAAAUGGCUGCAAAGGGUGGAGCAAGAAGAGAAACUUCUUAUGAGGGAACAAGAUAACGAAUGUGCCUAUGUAUGAUGCAUCUGCGUAUGUAAUACUCAUGUCUCUCAUGAAGCGAUCAUCAAGCAGCUUAAGUUUGUUGAGAAUGGAGACUGGAGAUAUGAAAUUCGCUAUCACUACGAAGAUAUUCAGUCAAACCACAUAUUUACCCUUGAGCCUAAACAACACUGUUUGCAUCAUCAAUCUCCGUCAACAAUUCAAGAGAUAUGUGAUUGACAAAUCCAAUGGAAGUAUCACUUUUAAUGGAUUGUAUCCAGGACCUCCUCUCCCCAUCUCUCAAAUCCGUUUGAAUCUCUUAAACUACAAAUUCACUCCGUUUCAUCUCUUUCCGCUUCUUGAUUCUCGUCUCCAUGAUCCUUCCUUGUCCAAAUAUAUCGCUGAGGUAAUCACUGGUCAAGCGAGUUUAAGCGUUGGG